GUCCUUAUUUUCUUUAUCUCAAAUAGUUAAUGCAUGUGAUUUCAAGAUAUAUAAAGUUGUUAGAAGAAGUAUCUGAUCUUCGUUUAUUUUAUUUAAUUAUUUGAUUCGUAGAAAAGGAGCCCUAUAAUGAUGAUCAACCUAUUUUCUUUCCGCCUGAACUAGUGAAUAAGGGUUCACUGGACUCCAUGACAAAGUACUACUGCUACUUAAUGGAGUUGAAGCAGAACUUUGAUUAUGAGGUUCCUGUUCAGAACAUCAUGCUUCUUGUCAGGAAUCAGUUUGACAUGGAUGAAAAAAGUAUGAAUAUUGAGUUAGAAGUUGACAGGGGCACAUUAACAGUUAACAUGAAAUAUAUUGGACUAAAAUGUCUUAAUUCUGACCAGGUUAUCUUAUGUAGAAGGUUUCAGCUUGCAGUUUUUCAAGUACUUAUGGAUCGUAAAGCUGAAAAGUUGGCAGAGGUGUUAUGUGACCAUACCUUGGGGAAUAAUUCUGAAAUUGAUUAUCUACUCCUCCCAUCAAAUUAUGUGGGCCAGAGUCCUCUAAUUGAUUGGUUGUCAGUUACUUCUGUCACAUUUUCUUAUGAAAAGGCCUGCAAGAAUCAUGUGAACUGCAAUGCUGAUAUAUUGAUACAGAUCAAAAGCGGUCUGGUGUGCACUUGCAUGAUCCAAAAUUCGUUGGUCACUACUCCUCAUAAUGGUCAUGCUUAUAUUAUCAGUGGUCUUUUAACUAAUAUAAAUGCAAAUUCACUUUUGAGGUUGAGUGAUGGACGCUUAAUGACUUACAAGGAAUAUUAUGAAAAACGCCACGGUAUCAAUUUAUGUUAUAGUCAAGUCUCUUUCCUUGCUGGGCGACAGAUUUUCCGGGUGCAAAAUCACAUUCAAAGGCGCAGAAAACAGAAAGAGAGAGAAUCAAGUAACCCAUUCGUAGAAUUGCCUCCUGAGCUUUGUUGUGUAGUAAUGUCUCCCAUAUCGAUCAGCACAUUUUAUUCUUUCACAUUUCUUCCGUUAAUCAUGCAUCGACUCGAGUCUUUGCUCCUUGCUACCAGCUUGAAAAAGAUGCAUUUGAAUCAUUGCGUGCAAAAUGUUGCGAUUCCAACCAUGAAGGUUUUGGAGGCAAUUACUACCAAAAAGUGCCUAGAAAACUUUCAUUUGGAAUCACUAGAGACUCUUGGUGACUCUUUUUUGAAGUAUGCUGUUUGUCAACAGCUUUUCAAAAAAUAUCAAAAUCAUCACGAGGGCCUUCUUAGUAUUAGGAAGGAAAAAUUUAUUUCAAAUACAGCUCUGUCCAUGCUAGGAUGUGACAAGAAACUUCCGGGGUUUAUCCGUGAUGAGCCUUUCGAUCCCAAAGACUGGAUGAUUCCUGGUUAUAAUUGUGGAAGUUACUCAUUAAAUGAGGAAACACUGUGUAAUGCAAAAAAAAUAUAUGUUAGAGGAACAAGAAAGCUGAAGUUUAAGAAGGUUGCUGAUGUUGUUGAGGCACUUAUUGGUGCAUACCUUAGCACGGGAGGCGAAGCAGCUGGAUUACUAUUUUUGGAUUGGAUCGGUAUAAGUAUUAAUUUCACAAAUAUACCAUAUGAAAGACAUUUUAAAGUGCGGGCCGAGAAGUUUGUUAAUGUCCAGCACUUUGAGUCCCUUCUACACUAUUCAUUCCAAGACCCUUCUUUGUUGGUGGAAGCAUUAACCCAUGGUUCUUAUAUGCUAGCUGAAAUUCCAGGAUGUUAUCAGCGGCUGGAAUUUCUAGGGGACUCCGUUUUAGAUUAUCUUAUUACUCUGCAUUUAUAUAAUAAAUAUCCUGGGCUCACGCCAGGAUUAUUAACGGAUCUUAGGUCAGCAUCUGUUAACAACAAUUGCUAUGCAUUAUCAGCUGUAAAGGCUGGAUUUCAUAAGCACAUUCUCCAAAGUUCACAGAAGCUUUACAAGGAAAUAAAAGAAACCGUCGAAAGUUUUCAGGAAUUAUCGUUGGAAUACACUUUCGGCUGGGAAUCUGAAAAAUCUUUCCCCAAGGUACUCGGUGACGUGAUGGAGUCACUUGCUGGAGCUAUUUUUGUUGAUUCAGGAUACAAUAAGGAAAUCGUAUUCCAGAGUAUAAGGCCACUGUUGGAGCCCAUGAUUACUCCGGAGACUCUGAAGGUUCACCCUGUCAAAGAGCUAUAUGAGCUCUGUCAAAAGCAGCAUUAUGAACUAAGAACACCCAUUGUUUCACAUGAGGAUGGCAUGUCUUCUAUUACGAUAGAGGUUGAAGCAAAUGGGAAGGUAUUCAAGCACACAUCCACAGUUUGUGAUAAGAAGAUGGCCAAGAAAGUGGCUUCCAAAGAAGUUUUGAAGUCUCUAAAGGGAGCCAGUUGUAGCUAGAUUUUGCAUUUGACCUGAGCGGAGAUCAAACAUCUAUUACAUUGCCGUAGCUUUAGCAAAGCUUGAAAACAUAGGGGACUCGAUUUGCAGUAGAGUAUUUGGGUUACCUUCCUCAGCCAGGGUACCUUGAUUGAGAACAAAUACUUUGUCAGCAUUCAAACUGUUCAAAUAGAGUGUGUGAUUGGGAUCACUGUCAUUCCUCAAAGGAAAAAAUUGACCCUUUAUAGGUGAAGGGCUUCAUAAAUACUUUCUUUUCGAGUUUAGCCAUAAACUCAAUUGUCACUGACUGCUCAUACAUGUUUGACAAAACCUUUGCACGGGAUAAAUGAUGGUAUGAUUGGUCUCAUAGGAAGAGAUUAUGGGGACUUUCCCCCAAGUACAUUAAACAUGUACGCAAAUUCAUAAGCUUGAUGGAGGGGACUAAAUAACUUACUUCUACCCUAAGCAUUACAGAAUCUAAAUGUUGAAAUACUUAUAUAUUUAUUUAGAUAGAUAAA